UGUUGUACACAGGGCAAAUAAAGGAGAAGACUUUUCGAAGCAACCUUGUCUGAAGAUGGACAAUCUUUCAAAGGACUUGUUGGAGGAGAUCCUCUCUAGGGUUCCGACGACAUCUCUGAGAAAAGUCCGAUCCACUUGCAAAAAGUGGAACACUUUAUCCAAAGUUGAAACCUUUACAAAGAAGCACCUUGCUCAAUCACCACCAAGAACAAGUAAAGGUGAGAUUUUGGCGAUCGUAUUGAUUAACUGCAGUCUUCGUUUGAUGAGCGUCAAUCUCAAUGACUUCGAUCAUCCAUCUAUAAAGCUUACAGGUACUCUCAUUAGCCUAAACAGUUCAGAUAACCUCGAUAUCACUCAAGUAUAUCACUGCGAGGGUUUACUGUUAUGCGUCACUGAAGACUACACAAGGCUCGUGCUUUGGAACCCUUAUACAGGGGAAUCUCGUUGGAUAUGCGUUGACCAUAGUAAGUAUGCUCAUGCUCUCGGAUUCGAAGAGGGCAACCCGUGCCGUGCAUAUAAGGUCUUGAGAUUUGCUCAUCAUGUGCAUGAGAUAUACGAUGGAAACGUGUACUGGUUUGCUCAAGACAAGGAAGCAGGAGGAAACGUUCCCGGUUUUUUACUCUGUUUUGAUUUCACAACAGAGAGGUUUGCUCCGCGUAUGCCUCUGCCUUUUGAGUCUUAUUUUGAAGAUGAGGUAACUCUAUCUAAUGUUGGAGAAGAGCAGCUUGCUGUGUUGUUUCAGAACUUGGAUACUUAUGAGAUGGAGGUAUGGGUUACGACCAAGGUUGAGCCUAAUGGGGUGUCUUGGAGCAAGUUCUUGGCGGUGGAUAUGUCGCCCCUCACUUGGUUUCAGUUCUUUACUGGUGGGAGUUUCCUUAUUGAUGAGGAGAGGAGAGUCGUAGUUGUUUUUGAUGGAGAUAAAAAUGUAUCGGAAACUAGUCGUAACAUAGCUUACUUCAUUGGAGAAAAUGAUUACUUUAAGGAAGUUGAUCUCGGAGAAGUUACUACAUGCGAAGUGUUCCCUCAUGCCUUCUCUUAUGUUCCAAGUUCAGUUCAGAUCAACUAAACUGCAUGAGAAGUUGUGAACCACAUGUCAUGUUCAUCAUUCCCUUUACAAUACCUUAUAAGUUUAUUUCCUUAGCACAUCGUUUUUGUUGUUUGAUUUCAGUUUUUGAACAUGAUUUCUUGUAAUUUUUAUUGUAUGCAGUAUGAAAAGUAAAUAAACUAGUUAUCCGUUGGAGAAGAAAAUGA